UAUUCUGUAGUUAGCGCCCUUCCUCAUUUAUUCACGGCGUUGAGGGAUCCAGGCAGAAAAGGGGGGAAUUGUGUUCUGCGUAAAUAAUAACAGCAGCAACAACAACACGAGUCUCGCCUGCACUUUUUUACCUUGGGGUCCUCCAAAGCAGCUCUUGCCUCCUUCCCCACCGCAAUAACGAGGCGGUUAAUAAGCCCCAAACCCGCGGCCUGCUUCUGACGCUUUUCUUCGCCGCUCUAUGGUUUCUUCCCAGCCCGGGCACCUCCUCCAAUCCUCCCAGCGUGCUCUUCUUACGGCGCCGCUUCCCGCCUCUGAUCUUCUUGAGAAGCAAAGGAGUUGCCAGGCCGCUGGGAGUCCCCCUCUCCACUCCAACCCUGCUGUAGGGCAGACGAAUUUUCUGGCACUCUGCGCUAGUAACUACUACAACGGGUGUAUUUUUCACCGGAAUAUCAAAGGAUUUAUGGUGCAGACAGGAGAUCCAUCAGGUUCUGGGAAAGGAGGAAAUAGCAUUUGGGGCAGAAAAUUUGAAGAUGAAUACAGUGAAUACUUAAAACAUAGUGUCCGUGGAGUUGUUUCCAUGGCCAAUAAUGGUCCAAAUACAAAUGGAUCUCAAUUCUUCAUCACCUAUGGCAAACAGCCACACCUGGACAUGAAAUACACUGUGUUUGGGAAGGUAAUUGAUGGGUUGGAUACUCUGGAUGAGCUGGAGAAACUGCCAGUGAAUGAAAAGACAUUCCGUCCCCUUAAUGAUGUCCAUAUUAAGGAUGUUACCAUUCAUGCUAAUCCUUUUGCUCAAUAGCUGCAAAGUGCUGUUGUGAGAUAAUUAUUAUAAUAGUGCCAAUGCAGAGUUCAAGGGCUGGUUUGUGUAACUGCAGAUGGGUCUUGGAAGACAGAUGGGUUUGUGCACUUUCUCUUGAAUAAAGGACUUUUGAAGCUGUUAUUUCAACGUUUCACAGGAGAAAAAGCCACAUUUUGAUGUGUGAAAUUGUACAUGUUUAACCAAGUUGGGUAAAAAAGCAUUUUGUAAAAAUAAAUAUAUUUUAAUCAA